AUGUAUUAAAACGAGCGCUCCCAACAGGAGGGACUGUGACGCUGAGCGAGACUUGAGUAAGUAACAGACACUGAAAACAUGAAGGAUUGACAAGAAAACUUCCUUCGGAAGAGCUUCCUGGUCCUGUCUCCUGAAUACAGGCACGUUGUUGUAAAGUUCAGGAAGGAUGUCCAACCUAUUUUGUCUGCUGACCCCUGAAAAAGAUUCAGUUCCUCUGAAGAGCAUUGAUGCUCUGCUGGAGGUGAAGGACCAUGUAGCUACUCUGGUCUCCACUCUUAACUUCGAGAACAAGGAGGACAAACCUCUGGAGACCGUUUUUGUCUUCCCUCUGCCUGGAGAUGCUGCUGUGUGUCAUUUCAGUGCUCAGAUUGGAGAAACACACAUUGUAGCUGAGGUGAUGAACAGACAGCAGGCUCGGCAGGUGUAUGAUGACGCUUUGAGCUCCGGUCAGAAGGUAUUCGAAUUGGAGGAGAGUGACGAGAGUCCCGAUAUCUUCUCUCUGACCGUGGGCAAUCUGCCUCCAGGAGAGAGCGCCACCAUCAGGCUGGAGUACGUCACUGAACUGGCUGUGCAGGCUGAUGAUGGGCUGAGGUUCUGUCUGCCUGUUGUUCUCAACCCUCGAUACCAACCUCAGGGUAGUGAAGGUCCCAGUGUCCAGGUGACCUCAGUUCCAGCCUCUCUGGUGCCCUACAGUCUGUCAUUUUCUGCCAGAGUCUCCUCUCCUCGUCCAAUCUCUAAAAUAGAGUCUAGUUGUCCUCUGGAGCCUCUUCAGUACCUCAACGCUGAUCAAACUCAGGCCACGGUGAAGUUGGCUACAGGACACAAGAUUGACAGAGACGUUGAACUACUCAUUUACUACAAAGACGCCCACCGGCCCUCUGCUGUGGUGGAGGCAGGACAGGCCUCUGCCAAACCUGGCACUCUGAUGGGUGAUCCAGUGGUAAUGGUGAGCUUGUAUCCUGAAUUUCCUGAAUCUGUGACGUCUAAUUUCACCUCCUGUGGAGAGUUUGUGUUCUUACUGGAUCGAUCAGGGAGCAUGGAUUUCCCGACAUAUUGUGGAAGUCGCCAGAGUCGCAUAGCCAGUGCCAAGGAUACUCUGAUGCUCCUGUUGAAGAGUUUACCCAUGGGCUGCUAUUUUAAUAUUUAUGGUUUAGGCGAUAGUUACGAACAAGUCUUCCCUAAAAGUGCAAAGUACAACCAGAAAAACCUUAAACGGGCUGUGAAAAAAGUUGAGGAGAUGGGCGCAGAUCUGGGAGGAUCGGAGAUCCUGGAGCCUCUGCGACAAAUUUACAGACAGCCCUGCAUUCCUAAACAUCCCAGACAACUCUUCAUCUUUACUGAUGGUGAGGUGAAUUACACAAAAGCUGUUCUGGAUGAGGUGAAGGAACACUCUGAAUUUCACAGGUGUUUCUCUUUUGGGAUUGGAGAAGGUGCCAGCUCUGAACUUAUCAAUGGGAUGGCCAGAGAGGGAGGCGGACAUGCUCAGUUCAUUGUAGGGAAAGAAAGGAUGCAACCAAAAGUGAUGCAGUCCCUGAGAUUCGCCUUGCAGCCGCUCGUCACUGACAUUUCAUUGUCGUGGGAUUUACCCGAGGGUGUCUCCGUCACCACUCUGUCUCUACCACUUACAGCACUUUUCCAGGGUCAGAGGUCACUGAUUUUUGCUCAGCUCACCGGAGAGUGUUCUGAAGCAGCCGAUGGCUGUUUGACAGUGAGGUUUACCACAGCGGGUCAUCCAUGUCAGAACCAGCUGCACUUCUCUCUACAGCCUGCAUGUGAUCUAGACUUUGACCAGAAAGAAGAUAUGCCAUUCGCUCGCUCCUCAAUCCACAGGCUGGCUGCUCGUACUCUCAUUCGCUCCCUGGAGCAGGAGCAGAGGGAGCACGGGAAGCCGGAAGAAAUAGAGAAGGUGGUGGACCUCAGCGUCCAGUCUGGAGUCAGCAGCAUCUUCACCGCCUUCAUUGCCGUCAACAAAAGCAAUGGGGAGCCUGUUCAAGGUCCGCUGAUCUACAGGGAGAAUCCUACAUACAUGCCACUGCUUCGUGGCGGUUUGAUUGAUCUGAUGUUUGAUGAUUCAUGGGGCGAAAAAAACAUUUUCAGACGCAUUUGCUCGUCUAUCAGAAAAAGAACAUCAGCUAGUAAGUUCGGAAAAGCUUGCAAAAACAAUCUGUUUUCAGCUUCCAGCUUCAAGAAGAACCAAAGUGAAUCUAUUGAAAAUAGAGGAGACUGUGAGCCCACAGAGCCAGCCAGAGAUCCGCUGCUGGAGCUCGUUUCGCUGCAGGAUGCCUCUGGCUGCUGGCUGCUUGAUCCAUGUUUGGCUGCUGCUCUUGGAAAAAGCAUAGAGGAGUUGGUAAAAACAAGGCCUUCAUCGGCCAAAAGGAAAGUGUGGGGCACCAUUUUGGCUCUAAUUUGGCUUCAUGGACAUCAAAAAGAUGUGAAGGUCGAAUGGGAACUUCUUGCUAUGAAGGCUGCCUCGUGGCUCAGAGCUGAGAAAGCUGUUGGCGUGACGGUGUGUGUGGAAGCUGGGAAUGUCCUGUUGGGUUGUAAUGUGACGACUGACGCUCUGGGACUCUGAGGUUGCUGUAUCAUUUGUUCCAAUGAAGGGAACACCUGUGAUUCUGCUACAGAAACAAACUCACUCCAUCACCAGAUACCUGAAUACCUCCACACUCCACAGUUGCGUAGUCCCUUAAAGUUGUUUAUAUUAAAUGACUAUUCAAAAACUCCACCAGUAACUAAGCUUAAGUUCUUUGCUUUCCUUCCCCUCUCAACUUUUCCUGCACAAUCAGCCGGAUUUCGAGUCAUGCGUCUGAGGUCGCAGUCAGGUUAUCCGACUCCGGUCGUUCAGAUCUCAACUUGCCUUUGUCAUCUCUGUUGUCCCCGGAGAGCUCCGUCCCUCGGCCCCUCCUCUUCAUCACUUGCAUCAUCCCCGCUGACAAUAGUUCAUAAAUUUAACACCUGUUUUCAUGAUUUUGCACCCUGUUCUACCAAUCUAGUAAAUCUAACUCCAUUCUUCCAGCAUCAUUUUCUAUCCAAACCAAGUGAAAUCUUGGUUCACUUCAGACUUAAUGACGAUAAAACUGAAAUUCUCCUCGUCUGUACGAAAUCUAAAUUAUCUCUCUCACCAUUAACAACUCUUACAUGUUCCUCUCCCCUCAGCUUUAAGAGUUGGGGUGCCAUCCUUGACAGCACAUUAUCUUUCCAAUCUCAUGUUAAUAAUCUUGCAUAUUUCCAUCUCUGUAACAUAAAUUGCCUGCGCACUUCCCUUUCCCCUGAUGCUGCAUCUGUAUCAGAUGCAAAGAACAAAACACCUGACAUAGUCAUUGCAAUAGCAACUAUUAUCCAAAGGUUUUCUAGUAAUUUGCAGCUCUAGAUCAACUAUGUCCAUUUUUAUGCAUUUGCUGUCUUGGUUUACCUCUAUGUGCGCCUUUAAUUAUUCUGUGGCUGCACUGAUUGAUUUCAUUGGUCUGUAUUUUCAAUGUAGUUGGAACAAAAAAUAAAGAGAACCUACACUUCUUGGGGGAAAAA